GUCGCUCCGUCCAGACGUUGUCGCGCUUUAAACUCGCUGUGAGCCGCACCGGCCAUAUCCGUGAGAUACAAGAUACAAGAGCAAGAUCAAGUUUCGGUCACUCGGCGUCAUCCGUUUUGCGGUCCCGUGUGUGUUGUUGUGGUGUGUUUUUUGCUCCAAGAACGUGAACGAGCGAAUAAAAUAAAUAAUAUCAAAGUUAAGACGAAGCCAAGUUUAAAGAAAAACUAAAGUAAAACUGUGUCGACGUUCUACAUGUGCUAAAUACUAGAGUAAACACCAUCGAAAACUCGGACCUAACGGAUACGGAUAGCUAACGGCUCUGCAAUUAGCCACGGCAACAUGUUGCCGCCAUGGAUGUGGCUGUUGCCGCUGCUGUCGGCCAACUUAGCCGCCGGCCAGCUGCUGAAUCAUCCGCCGCAGUUUGUCCCGGGCACGGGCGACAUGUCCCGGUUCAGUCUCUCGGAGAACACGCCCGUGGGGAGUCCAGUUUAUCAGCUGAAAGGCAACGAUCCAGAAGGCGGACGCCUGAAGUACAGCAUCAGUGGACCUGUGUUUUCGGUGGACAGGGAGACGGGAGUGGUGCGCCUGCGCCAGGAGCUGGAUCGCGAGAGCCAGGACACUGUGGAGGUAAUCAUUAGCAUCACCGACGAGGGCAUCUACGGCACCGAACCCAACACCGUGUCCCAGCGAAGAGAGAUUCCCGUGCGAGAUUACAAUGACAACCAGCCUACGUUCCUAGGAAGACCCUACACCGCCAGUGUCAGUGAAUCCCUGCCCGUGGGAGCCGAGCUGAAUGUCGAGCCACCAAUCGUGGUUGUCGAUCGGGAUGAGGGCAUCAAUGCCGAGGUCCAGAUUAAGUGCGUCGAGGAGAACGAUAUCUGCGACAUCUUCGAGGUGCGUGCUGUAAAAAUCUCCGAUGGCAACUACACCGCCAGAGUGGCUCUGAAGCAACCUUUGGAUUUCGAGAGUCGUCCCUCGUAUAUUAUGACCAUCUCGGCUGCGGACAGCGCCUUGGACAACCGCCUAUCCUCACUGGCCACAAUAUCUAUCAACGUGAUUGACAUCCAGGAUCAGCCGCCGGUCUUCACCAAUGCCCCAUACUCCGCCACUGUGCCAGAAAACACGCCCGCCGGGGUGAGCAUUUUGACGGUCAAGGCCAUGGACGGGGAUGUAGGCAUUCCGAGGGAUAUAUUCCUCUCCCUGGAGGACGAACCCUUUGGGCACUUCGAACUGGUCCCCUUCGGAGAUCCUCGGGACGGAACUGCAGUGCUGCAGACCACCUCGGAACCUCUGGAUCGUGAGAACGCUGAGAUCCUGCAGAAUGGCGGCGUUUACGUGUUCUCCAUUAGAGCCACCGAACUGAUCGAUGGAGCUAUUCCCGCUGAGUAUUCGCUCACCCGGGUGACCAUCGUGGUGACAGAUGUGGACGACCACCAACCCACAUUCAGCGGCGCUCACUUCAAUGUUUCCAUUACGGAAAACCUGGCCAAUGGGAUGCCGCUGCCGGGACUCUCCAUCUUUGUGGAUGAUCGCGACAUGGGCGACAACAGUCGCUAUCAACUGUCCUUGAGGGAUGUGGCCAAUGCCGCCGGUGUCUUUGCUGUAUCACCCACUGAAGCUCUAGGCAGGACACCAGUUGUGGUCAAAGUCCUGAAUGCCAGUCGCUUGGACUACGACGUGCCAGAUCCCGCGCUCCGGAAGUUUGAGUUCGAUCUAGUGGCUUCGGUUAAGGGAGUGGAGAUGGCCAAGUGCCGGGUGGAAAUUCAUCUACUGGAUGCAAAUGAUAAUGCCCCAGUGUUUGAACAAGGCACCUAUCGCUUUACUGCAGCCGAGAAUCUCCCCGUGGAUGCCUUGAUAGGUCAUGUGAGAGCCAGCGAUGCGGAUUCCGGAGAGUUUGGACAUGUUCGCUAUGUUCUAAAGGGAUUUGGAGCAGAUAACUUCUAUGUAGACCCUGAGACGGGAGGUCUUUACCUUUUGAAGCCCUUGGACUACGAAAAACAGAGCAGCUAUAGCCUCACUGUGGUAGCCAUCGAUGGUGGCCAAAGAGAGUCCAAUGCCAAUCUCUUCAUCGGAGUCACUGAUGUAAACGACAACCACCCCAGCUUCGAGAGCCGAGAGUACAGCCGCACCAUCCGCGAGGGAGCCGCCAUUUUCGAGCCGCAGUUCUUCGUCCGCGCUCACGAUGCCGACGGGCCCACCCAGGGAAAUGGCAGGGUCAAGUACUCCAUUGUGUCCGAGAACAGCAUAGCGGGAAAUGUGUUCCGCAUCGAGCCGGAUACAGGAGAGAUUGUCAUCCAGAAGGCCGCUCGAUCCAUGGACACUGAACGCGGGGAGUAUGAGCUGGUGGUCUCUGCCACAGAUUUUGGAAUUCCUCCUCUGUCGAACACCACACGCGUCCUGGUUCGCGUUGGCAUCUCUGGCAACCAGAGACCCAUAUUCCGGGGACACUUCCAAAACAUGGAAAACUUGCCCAUAAUUGGUCCUCCAAGCUACAGGGUUUCCAUACCAGAAAAUGCCGUUGCCGGAUCGAAUGUUACCUCAGUGUCUGCCCACGAUCCAGAUGGUUUGGACAGCCUGCUACGUUAUAGGAUUGUGGGAGCAAAUGAUAACUUUGAGAUUGAUGAACUCUCCGGCUUGAUUACAGUGUCACCCCAAGCCCGCAUCGAUCGGGAUUCUAACAUGAACAGUUUCGAGAUCAUCGUUAAUGCGGUGGAUUCUGGGAUCCCAAUUCCAGAGACGGCCACCACUACGGUCUACGUAAAUGUAAAGGACAUCAACGAUGAGCGUCCCAAGUUUGAGCAGGCCAGCUAUGCAGCCUACGUCUCCGAAAGGACAGCUGUGGGUGAGAGCGUGCUCCGAGUCAAGGCCAUCGACAAGGACCUAAACUCUAGACUAGAGUACGGACUGGUUGGUCCCGUGACAGCCACCACCAAGGCGGGAGUGAACAUUGCCAACCGCAGCAACUACCGCCUGCAGGAGGCUUUCCGGGUCGACAGUCAAACUGGAGAGAUCUUCGUCAAUGGCACCCUCCGUCACGAUGUGGCCGCCAUCAUUAUCUUCACCGUGGGAGUGAGGGAUCUUAAUGCAGAGGUGGAUCCCGAAGGGCAGGUGGAUACCACCGAGGUGACCGUUUAUGUGCAAUCCUUCCAGGACACCAAUCCCGUGUUCAAGAACUCAGGCUGGAGCAGCUCUCGACCCGUAAUCGAUGUGAAAAUCAAGGAGGAAAUGCCCAUCGAUAGCGCCCUGUUCAUUCUCCAGGCUGAGGAUCCCGUGACCCGGCAACCCAUCACCUCCUUUGAGCUGGUGGAGCCCAAGCAAGUGGAGUACUUCCAGGUAGCAGAGCGCACGGGCGAGGUGAUCCUCAAGAAGCGGCUGGACUACGAAGCUCUGGGCGAGAGCGGUCCCGACUUUGAACUCCAGGUGCGGGCCAAUAGCGCCGAUCGUCAACGUAGUACUGUCAGCCGGGUCAACAUCACCGUGGAGAAUGUGAAUGAUAACAGUCCGCGCUUCGAGCAGAGCUCUUAUAGAGCCACCAUCAUUGAGAAUCGGCCUCAUCCGGAGCGAGUGAUCCGGGUGAGAGCGUUGGACAAGGACGCUGUGCUCAACGCGCGGGACGAGCGCUUGGGCUACCACAAGAUCAUCUACUCGUUGCAGGGCGAGCACGCCAUGCUCUUCGAUAUCAACAAUGCCACCGGGGAGGUAACUGUGGCCAGCGGGCAAAUAAUCGAUCGGGAGCGAACCCCAAGGAUUCAGCUCCAGAUCAAGGCGGAGGACUCGCCCGGCAGGCCCACAGAUGCCAAGCAGAGUGUCGUGGAUCUGCUGAUUGAGGUGCUGGACGUCAACGACAAUGCACCGGAGUUUACGCAGAAGAAGUACAGUACGGUGAUCCCGGAGAACGCCCAGGUCGAAUCGUUCGUCCUUCAGCUGGAGGCUCUGGACGCUGACGAGGGACUCGGAGGAGAGGUGCACUACGAGCUGGUGAACGAGGGCGAGGCCAACGGACUCUUUAAGAUCGAUCCCAAGAGCGGUCUGAUAUCCACACGUCGUAAUCUCACUGGCAAGGGUCGCUCCGAGCCGUACGUUUUGAUUGUGCGCGCCCAGGACAACGGAAACCAGUUGCCCAAGCAGCCGACCCUCUCCACAGACACAGAUGUUAAGAUCUUUAUUGGCGAUGUCAGUGCCAACGACGGCGUGCCCUACUUUGUGGCUCCCCGCGUGGGCCAAAUGGCGAAUGUCACGGAGAAUGCUGUCAUUGGAGCUCCAGUGUUCCAAGUGAUUGCCAGCGAUCCCGAUGACGAGAACACUCCCUCCGGAACCAUAACCUACCGAAUUUUACCGGAUACACCGGACGCGGAAGCCUUCGCCAUAGACGCCCACUCGGGACUAAUAACUACCAGGGAAUCGUUGGAUCGUGAAAGCAAAAACAUGUACAAGAUCCUGCUGGAAGUCAGUGACAAUGGACAGCCCAAGCAGUCCGUAACGCGAAUCCUGCAGAUAGCAGUUCUGGAUGUGGACGAUCACGAACCACGAUUCGCCAGGGAAGUUGAUGAAGGACCACUGACCAUGUCCGUCAAAGAAGAGGAACCCGCAGGGUCUGUUGUGGGUAACUUCACCGCCGUGGACGAGGAUCUUGGCGAGAAUGCGGCCAUUGAUUAUGUGAUAAUCGAGGGAAAUAACGAGCAGCUGUUCACCAUCGAGCGGAACAACGAGAGCAUGGCCAUUCUCAAGACCCAAAAGCCUAUCGAUCGGGAGCAGGUUGAAUCCUUCACGCUGACAGUCAAGUGCCUGAAACUGGGCGAACCUGGCUUCAAGUUUAUUGGAGAUCCCUACGAUCGCCGGGACGCCUCACAUCUGCGCAUAGCCAUCCGAGUGCUGGACAUCGACGACAACCUGCCGCAGUUUGAGCAACCAGAUCCCACGGUGGGCAUAAGGAUAAACGUGCCCAUCGAUACCGUGGUGACCACUCUGCGGGCCAGCGAUGCGGAUGCCGAGGCUCCGCCCAUCGGGGUCUCCAUUGAAAACGUAACCUUUGUGCCGCAGUUCUAUAAGCGGAGCCGCAGUCUGGCCGUGGGAAAUCUACAGAACCUAUUCACCCUGAACAAUCGAACCGGGGAGUUGCGCACUGGAGGCUCCUUUGCCGACUACGUAGAUGGGUAUUUCCUGAUGCGGCUGAUGGCCAACAAUUCCGCAGAACCGAAACGCCAGGCCCACAGCAACCUCAAGGUGUUUGUGAUCCGGGACAAGUCUCUGUUGAAGUUUGUGUUCGCCCGCCCGCCCAACGAGAUCCAGCACAACAUCCGGCUGUUCCAGGAGCAGCUGCAAAAGAAACUACGUCCUUUGGGUCUGGAACUGCACGUCUUGGACACUCAGGUGCUCACGCGACCCGACAUGAGUCUGGACUUCACCGCCACCAGCUCCUGCUUCCAGAUGUUCAAGAAUGGCGCUGCCCUCUCUUUCAACGAGAUGCAGAAGCUGAUGAACUCGCAGCAGCUGCGCCAGGAGCUCAUCGACACGUAUGCCGCCUACGGAGUAAGCGAGGUAGAGUCCUGCUCUGUGCGGAGAACCCACACGGCGGCGCUCUUUGCCGGCAUGCUCACCUCGGCGGGUGCAUGGCUGGUCUUCCUGGCAGCCCUCAUAGGCCUAGCUGCCUUGGUAUCCUUGUGCACCGCCUGCUGCCUGAAGAAGAAGCUGAAGCGGCACAGCAAGCGAAGCCAGCAGGCAAGUUUGCGUACCCCCACGGAGCACACGCCCACCUCGUACAGCUACUCGAUGCCCGCCGUGCUCUACUCGGAGCCCAUCUACGGGCCAUUGUAGCCGCAGCUCAUCUUCUGCACGGGGCGGUCCAGGUUUAACCACUGACCACGUAGACGUAGAUGUAGACGUAGACUAGUAGUGCCCAAGACUCGAGCCCACUUUGCACCAGCGGAGAUCCUGCACAAUCCCCAGCCUGGAAGGGAUCUCCGCUCGGCCGCUGCGAACCGGGACCUUGCAGAGAUUGGUAGUCCGUGGAAUGCCAAAUCAGUCCAUAUAAGCUUAAGCAUACUAUGCGCGUGAUCUAGUAUGUACGUGUAGACCCAUUUAGAGUUAGCCUAGGUUAGUCUGUAUAAAACAUAGCGAUUAUCCAAUUGAGGAGCGUAGCCUAAGUCGAGUCAGUUCUCUGUGUCAUCUGCGCCAAAGUGCUGGCUGAAGUCCUCUCGCUGACUCUGCCCCUUGGCCGGUCUGGAAUGCAUUUAUUUUUACCUGUAUUUAUCUUAUCGUCUAUUUGCCAAACACAUGUCGAACAAGUGCAGAAUAAAUAUGUCGCUCCAAACGCAGCCCAAUUCCGGCUCCGCAACCCAAUCCAAAAUCCUAUCCUAUCCUCGGCCAGGAGUCAAAGUCAGGCCCCAUGUGCGUGUCGCCCGAAAAUGAGUGUCCCGUUUUCAAACAGAAUGCAUAUGGUUUUGCCGUUAAGUAAAUAUAUUUAUAUAUAUACCUUCGACUAAGUAGUGUGUCCAAUGUGAACAUGUGUGCAAAUAAAUUCUAUUAACUAUCAACUACGUAAAAAUGUGGAAAUAAAACGCCAGCACUUACUCACUGAAGUGAUAUG